GGGCGCUCCUCGUGUGCAGCGCCGGACGCAGCCGGGCUCCCGGGGCCGCUCGUCUCCCCCGGGUGCGGACCCGGCGCCGCUCGGCCAGGGGAAUCGCCGCGCUUUCAAGUUCUCUCGCCCCCGCCAGGAAUUUAGCCCCGGAGAGCUGCCUUCUGGUUAUCGCUUCGGCUUCCCACUUUGGAAUGUGCAGUUUGGGACACUGAGAAGCCGGGGCUUAGGGAGUCCUCGUUGAGAGUUUCUCUCCGCAGGUUUCCAAGGUUAAGAAAUUCUGACAAACUGGAAUUCCCAGAGUCUGGGAGUUAAGCCUGAAACGAUCUGUUGCUUUAAGCGGCGCAGCGGGGAGUAGCUGGACACUCCUUAUUUUGGUUUUACAUUAAAAAGAGGGAGGCCGAGAAGAUGUUGUAGGUUACUUCCUAGCUGUGUAAAUUACCGGGCUGUGAAUGGUGUUAAUUUCUGAAGUGGGCGACUCCAAAUACAUAACAAAGGUGAGGCUUCUGUUUCGGGAGGAUUCAGCGAGAAGACAGAUGUAAAGUGCUGAGAACGAAAGGCACCGGCAAGCGUGAGCUGUUGUUAUAAAGAUUUGUCUCAAAGGGCAUGCCAAAAAUUGAACUGAAAAAUCUCAAGCAAGCUGCCUGAAUUUCCCUGUAUAUUCUUGUUCUACAUCCUAUAAAAGGACCAGACAAACCAAAUUAGCGGGGUUUUGGUCUCCUCCAGCCGUGGAUGCCUUUGACAUUAUGACCGCAGAGGAUUCCACCGCAGCCAUGAGCAGCGACUCGGCAGUCGCGGCGUCGGCCAAGGUGCCGGAGGGCGUGGCCGGCGCGCCCAACGAGGCGGCGCUGCUGGCGCUGAUGGAGCGCACCGGCUACAGCAUGGUGCAGGAGAACGGGCAGCGCAAGUACGGCGGCCCGCCGCCCGGCUGGGAGGGCCCGCACCCGCAGCGCGGCUGCGAGGUCUUUGUGGGCAAGAUCCCGCGAGACGUGUACGAGGACGAGCUGGUGCCAGUGUUCGAGGCGGUGGGCCGCAUCUACGAGCUGCGCCUCAUGAUGGACUUCGACGGCAAGAACCGCGGCUACGCCUUCGUCAUGUACUGCCACAAGAACGAGGCCAAGCGCGCCGUGCGCGAGCUCAACAACUACGAGAUCCGCCCGGGCCGCCUGCUCGGCGUGUGCUGCAGCGUGGACAACUGCCGCCUCUUCAUCGGUGGCAUCCCCAAGAUGAAGAAGCGCGAGGAGAUCCUGGAGGAGAUCGCCAAGGUCACUGAGGGCGUGCUGGACGUGAUCGUCUACGCCAGCGCGGCCGACAAGAUGAAGAACCGCGGCUUCGCCUUCGUCGAGUACGAGAGCCACCGCGCAGCAGCCAUGGCUCGCCGCAAGCUCAUGCCCGGCCGCAUCCAGCUGUGGGGCCACCAGAUCGCUGUGGACUGGGCCGAGCCCGAGAUCGACGUGGACGAGGACGUGAUGGAGACCGUGAAGAUCCUCUACGUGCGCAACCUCAUGAUCGAGACCACGGAGGACACCAUCAAGAAGAGCUUCGGCCAGUUCAACCCUGGCUGCGUGGAGCGCGUCAAGAAGAUCCGCGACUACGCCUUCGUGCACUUCGUCAGCCGUGAGGACGCCGUGCAUGCCAUGAACAACCUCAACGGCACCGAGCUGGAGGGUUCGUGCCUCGAGGUGACGCUGGCCAAGCCCGUGGACAAGGAGCAGUACUCCCGCUACCAGAAGGCGGCCAAGGGCGGCGGCGCGGCCGAGGUGGCGGUGCAGCAGCCCAGCUACGUGUACUCUUGUGACCCCUACACGCUGGCCUACUACGGCUACCCUUACAACGCGCUCAUUGGGCCCAACAGAGACUACUUUGUGAAAGCAGGCAGCAUAAGAGGCCGGGGUCGAGGUGCGGCUGGCAACAGAGCCCCAGGGCCCAGGGGUUCCUACCUCGGGGGAUAUUCAGCUGGCCGUGGUAUAUACAGCCGGUAUCACGAAGGGAAAGGAAAGCAGCAAGAAAAAGGAUAUGAACUUGUUCCAAAUUUGGAAAUCUCUGCCGUCAAUCCAGUUGCCAUUAAACCUGGUACAGUGGCCAUCCCUGCCAUUGGGGCCCAGUAUUCUGUAUUUCAGGCUGCCCCAGCCCCUAAAAUAAUCGAAGAUGGCAAAAUCCACACAAUGGAGCACAUGAUCAGCCCCAUCGCAGUGCAGCCAGACCCAGCCAGUGCCGCCGCCGCCGCCGCCGUCAUUCCUGCCGUGUCCACGCCGCCACCUUUCCAGGGCCGCCCGAUAACUCCAGUGUACACGGUGGCUCCAAACGUUCAGAGAAUUCCCACUGCCGGGAUCUACGGGGCCAGUUACGUCCCGUUUGCUGCUCCGGCCACGGCCACGAUCGCCACACUACAGAAGAACGCGGCCGCCGCGGCCGCCGUCUACGGAGGAUACGCGGGCUACAUACCUCAGGCGUUCCCUGCCGCUGCUAUCCAGGUGCCCAUCCACGACGUCUACCAGACGUACUGAGCCCGGUGCGGAGAGCGGGGACUGGCCGCGAACUGCCCCUGAAGGAACACUUUACUAUUUAUGAAGAAAGAACGUGCAGGAUCAGCACACCAA